AUGAGUAGUUACUACUCGGACGAGGAUGAUCUUGACAUCCGUGUCUCACGGCGCCGGGCUCCCUCGCCUUCGCCUGUUCACUAUGUAGAAGCGAGACCGAGACCUCGCAGCUACUUCCCUACAGCUGCUCAGCCCAGUUACUUGGUCCCUGAACGCACCGUUAUACAUACCCGUACUAGAUCCAGAGAACGUUCUCGUGACCGUCGCUCUUCUCCUCCUAGCAGCAUGGCUCCGGCCCCGGCCCCGGCUCCAGCACCUGCACCUGUUAUUAUCAACAAUCGCAUUUACAAUGAGCAUUCCUCGGACGAGGAGGAUGACCGUCACAUGCAGGUGUACGGCUCUCGUCGUCGUUCCCGUUCCCGUUCUCGCGCAUCGCACUCGCAUUCUCGGUCCCCUUCUUCCUCUUACAUGACCCGCGAGGAAUAUGAGGCCGAACGUGCUCGCCAAGAGCUACAAGACCUCAGACUCAACCAGGCUCGAGAAAAGGAAGAGCGUCGAGUUCAGAAGGAAUAUCGAGAAGAGGCCGAGUUACAGCGUGCCAAACGUGAAUUAGACGACAUUCGGGGCCGAGAAGCUCGCGCUUCCGAAGAGAAACGCUUCAAAUCACAGAUUGAACUGGAAAAGUAUCAGGAGGACAUGCGACUGGCAGAAGAGGCCAAAAAGCGGGACAAAGAGGCUGCUGAUGCAGUGGAGCGCUAUAAAAGGAAGGAAAUGGAACGCCUAGCCAAGGAGAGACAAGAAAAAGAGGAACGCGAAAAAGAGUUCCAGAGGCGACUACAGGAAGAACGUCAGAAGGAACUCAACCGCCAAGCCAAGGAAAAGAAGGAGAAGGAAGAACGCGAGAAAGAGUAUCAAAGGCGUCUCCAAGAAGACUUGAUUAAAUCUGGUCUCGAUGAGAAAGCAAUUGCGGCAAUUUUGAAAAAGGAAAAGAUUCCUGAGGUGCCUAAACCAAAGCCUAUCCCGGCUGACAACACCCUCGUGGCUGCCCAGCGCCCGACCUAUACGCGAAUGGCUCGAAAGCACCUAUCUAUUGAGACCUUGAGGACAUAUCGAGUGGAAUGGGAGCUAGAUACCGACCCAGAAUACGUGCUUAUCAAGCGAUGGGUGCCUGAGUGGGAACAGGACAACCUGUGGAGGCAUACGAGGGCACUUCGUGAAAAACGCUCAUCCAAGUUGGUGCUGGAAAUCGAAGACAAGAAAUCUCGCCGGCAUGAACCAGAAUUCGAAUGGGUUAGGAAGAAGAGCGAGCGCAAAAGGAGCAAGUCCCCAGCACUGCUCAUGUAUCUCGCGGGGGCGAAGCCGGCUUGA